CCAGGCAUCAGACAAGUUGGAGUUUUGUAACUAUUUUUAUUAGCACAUGAUGGAGGCCAAAAAGCAUAAGCUUACCGAGAAUGAUAGUUCUGAAUCUGUAGAGGGAAUCUGCUCCUAUUGGGUGCCGCGCAAGAAACGGCGCUGCAAGAUGACAGCCAACAAAGGCAGCCCUUUCUGCGGGGCACAUGCUCCAGCCUCAACAUUGGAUGAAAUUUCUGGCGAGGAUUCGUGCAAAGAACGUGUUCCCUGCCCGCUGGACCCCAAACACACCGUGUUCAAAAGAAAACUAGCCAAACACCUGACCAUUUGCAAUGCAAGGGAUCAGCAAAGCACCCUCCCAUACAUCAUAAAGAAUAUUAAUUCAGGCGAAAACCUACCUGACUCCACAGACUCGGCCAAGCUUAGGGAAUUAAAACUGCAUGAAGUGCCCGAUGAAGAGUUCUACGCUGUUAUAGAAACAAUCGAAAAUCUCUACGCUGAACUCAUUGAUUCUACAAUCACUGAAGCUCAUUCGACACACGAAUCGCUUAAGGAGGAGCUCAGUCGUGACGAUUACGGUCAGAACACACUACGCCAGCUGCAUCAAUCUUCCAGUCUGCUGGGCAUUCUGGAGAGUGAUCAACAAAUCACCAAUGACACCAGUUAUGUGGAAUUUGGUGCUGGUAAAGGACAAUUAUCUUACCACCUAGCCACCGAGUUGGAUGAGCGGCACAUGACUGGCUCCCAAGUAAUUCUCAUCGAUCGGAUGUCCCUGCGACACAAAAAAGACAACAAAGUGACCAACAGGGAUUUGGUGAAGCGAAUUCGGGCAGACAUAGGCGAUCUGAAGCUUUCAGCUUUGCCGGAACUGAAGAAAACGCAGAGAACGGUGGCCUUUUCUAAGCAUCUUUGUGGUGAAGCCACAGAUUUGACUUUACGAUGUAUACAGAUAGAUGGAUCUCCGCCUGUAGACUACGUACUCAUAGCCUUGUGCUGCCAUCAUCGUUGCUCUUGGCAGUCCUACGUGGGUCGUCCGUUUCUCCAAGAACGCGGAAUAGGACCUCGCCAAUUUGCAAUAUUAAUCAAAAUGGCCAGUUGGGCAGUUUGUGGUACCGGCUUAAGUCGUGAGCGGCGGCGUGCCAUGGAACAGGCGGAAAAGCAGGAGCAACCGGAAGAGAACACCCAGCGGCUGAGUCGUGAGGAGCGUGAACGUUUUGGACUUCAAUGUAAGCGUCUAUUGGACUGGGGAAGAUUAGAGUAUAUCCGAUCGCAAGGAUACGAGGCGAGUCUAAAGUUCUAUGUGCCAAAAGAUGUAACACUGGAGAAUGUAGUGCUGGUAGCGAAGAGGGAUACCUCAAAAAAAUUAAACAGUUGACAGAGAGGAAACUA